GGAACUGGGUCGUUGCUGAAGUCGUGCACUCGUGGCGUGAAGUAGCGCCCACGAGGACGAUACUGCUCUCUUCUUCCCAAAGCUUCCGUUCGGCUCUCCCACGCGGCUCUCCCACACCCACAAAUCUCCUCUCCAAAGAUCCCUGUAGGGUUCCUUUUCCGGAGGUUUCUUCGUGCUCGAGGUAGGGAAUCGAGUGAAGUGAAGAAAAUCGAGGUACGUUCUUGGGUGAUGAGAUGAUCGUCUCGGCUCUGCUAACGUCGGUGGGGAUCAAUCUUGGCCUUUGCGUCUUCUUCUUUGCUCUCUACUCCGUCCUCCGGAAGCAGCCGUGCAAUCUCAAGGUCUACGCCCCGCGCCUCGUCGCGGAGGGACGCGCCGGCCAGCGCAGCCACUUCAACAUCGAGGCCCUCCUUCCCUCCGCAGGUUGGGUACGUAGGGCGUGGCAACCGUCUGAGGAUGAGCUCCUUAACUCAUGCGGUCUCGACGGUGUCGUCUUCAAUCGCAUCUUCAUCUUCAGUCUGAGGGUGUUUUCUGUCGCUGCGAUCAUAGGGAUAUUUGUUCUUCUCCCCGUUAAUUAUUUGGGAGAUCAUCUUCGGGAUAUUGACUUUUCUGAUCUUCCAAACAAGUCUCUUGAUUUGUUCACCAUCUCAAAUGUAAAAGACAGCUCUAAUUGGUUGUGGGUUCAUUUUUCUGCUGCAUAUUUCAUCACAGGAGUAGUGUGCUAUCUGUUGUAUGCUGAGUACAAAUAUAUCUCUAAUAAGAGGAUUUCUCACUUUAGUUCUUCCAAACCACAACCGCAUCAUUUCACCAUUCUUGUUCGUGAUAUCCCUUUACAUGGUAUGAGUUCCUUAAGCGAUACUGUGGAGACUUUUUUCAUGGAUUAUCAUCCAUCAGACUACUUGGCCAGUACCGUGGUUCGCCGGACGAGCAAGCUCCGAGGUCUAAUUACAGACACUGAGAAUCUCUAUAGGAGAAUUACCCACCUAAAAUCCAUACCAAGUUCCUCGCAAAACCAAAGUCACACUGGCUUUCUAGGAUUGUUCAGGAAAAACGGCGACCUUAUGGGCCACUAUGCAAAACAAUUGGAAGAUUUAGAGCAGAAUGUCAGAUUAGAGCAGUCAGAUAUUUCUGCUGGAAGAGAGGAAGUCCGUGCUGCCUUUGUUUGCUUCAGAUCUCGGUAUGGUGCUGCGAAGGCUCUUCAUAUCCGACAAUCUACUAAUCCCACUGAAUGGGUAACAGAACACGCUCCUGAACCUCAUGAUGUCUACUGGCCCUUUUUCUCUACAUCAUUCACACAAAGAUGGAUUUCCAAGUCGGUGGUCGUUGCAGCAUCUGUUCUGUUGAUAGUUUUGUUUCUUCUAGUCGUUGCAUUUGUUCAAGGUUUGACAUACUUGGAACAGUUGGAGGCAUUAUUGCCUUUCUUGAAGAACAUACUGAAAAUAGCCGUUGUCAGUCAAAUAGUAACAGGCUAUCUUCCCAGCCUUCUUCUUCAUCUUGUUGCAUCUCUUGUGCCUCCUAUCAUGAAGCUUUUCUCUGCCAUGCAAGGCUAUAUUGCCAUUAGUGAGAUUGAGAAAAGUGCUUGCAAUAAGAUGCUCUUAUUUACGAUAUGGUUCCUCUUCUUUGCAAAUGUGCUCACUGGAUCAGUUACAAGUCAAUUUCAGAUAUUCCUUGAUCCAAAAACUAUUCCUGAAAGACUAGCUGUUGCUGUGCCAGCGCAGGCUUCAUUUUUCAUUGCAUAUGUGGUAACAUCAUGGACUAGCUUAUCUUGGGAGCUUAAUCGCACAAUCGCUUUUAUUGGUGAUCUAAUAAGCAGACGUUGUUCUAAGACCAAUGAUGAUGAGUUCCAGAUACCAUCUAUCCCAUACUAUAGUGAAAUACCUAGAGUUCUAUUAUUUGGGCUCCUUGGGUUUACUUACUUUCUUUUAGCUCCACUAAUUCUGCCAUUCAUAUUGGUGUUCUUCUGCAUUGGGUACAUUAUCUACCGGAAUCAGCUACUAAAUGUGUAUCAGCCAAAGUAUGACACUGGUGGAAGGUUUUGGCCUAUUGUUCACAACACCACGAUAUUCUCUCUUGUACUUAUGCAGAUAAUUGCAGUUGGAAUAUUUGGGCUUAAGAAGCUUCCUCUUGCAUCAUCCUUAAUUUUACCACUUCCAGCGCUUACCCUUCUUUUUAAUGAUUAUUGCCGAAAGCGCUUUCUUCCUAUUUUUCAUGAUUUCGCAGCUGAGACUUUGAUAAAGAAAGAUCGAGAAGAUCGGAAUGAUCCAGCAAUGGAAGAAUUUUUCGACAAACUCGACACUGCAUACCGUGAUCCAGCUCUGAUGCCAAUUCGUCACUCGACAAACUCGAACGACCACAAUUCCCCCUUGCUCUCUAAAGUUUAAAAAUCAGAUAGGAUCUCUUUCUUGCUGGUUGUUGCGCGUUAUAAGUCAUCCACCAGGGUUUCGGGUGCUGGUUGACAAGGAAGGUGAAAUGUAAACUAGGAAUGGUUGCAAUCUUCCUUUUGCUUUUGUUGUAAUAUGGACUUUUCAGUGUUCAUUACCUGAUUGGCUCAGUUGAUACCUUCUAUUGUUUAUAAGUCAUAUGAUCCCCUUUCCAAAUAGAUUGUUGUUCUUGUUA